UCUUCAAAGCAAUCGCACAGCAAGAAAUUAAAGUAGAACUCAAAUGGCUAAAGGUGCAGCUUUUGCCAAAAGUUCCAGAUGGUCACUUAAUGGUUUAGCUGCUCUUGUCACUGGUGGCACUUCUGGAAUUGGGCAUGCAGUUGUAGAGGAGCUAGCUGGACUUGGUGCGAAAGUGUACACAUGUUCCAGGACAGUAUCGGAGCUUAAUGAACCAAUGCAAGACUGGGCAGACAGAGGCAUUCAAGUAAAAGGUUCAGUAUGUGAUGUAACUUGUAGAGACCAAAGAGUUGAGGUCAUGGAAAAAGUUUCUUCUGCUUUUGAUGGAAAACUCAACAUUCUUAUAAACAAUGUUGGAACAAAUAUUUGGAAGCAUUCUAUCGAUUAUAAUGCCGAAGAUUAUGCCCAUAUGAUGGCUACAAAUUUAGAAUCUUCAUUCCAUUUCAGUCAACUUGCUCAUCCUCUUCUUAAAUCAUCUGGAGCUGCAAGUAUUGUUUUCACCUCCUCUGUUGCUGGUCUUGUCCACGUCACCGGUACUUCUAUUUACGGAGCAACAAAAGCGGGAAUGAUUCAGCUUACACGAAAUUUGGCUUGUGAAUGGGGAAAAGAUGGUAUUCGGGUUAAUGCUGUUGCACCAUGGUACACAAACACGCCCCUCGUGAAACAUUUGCUCAAAGAUAAAGAAUUUUCGGAUGCCUUAAUAUCAAGAACUCCUCUAGGGCGUUCAGGAGAAGUGGAAGAAGUUUCAUCCCUCGUCGCUUAUCUCUGUCUUCCUGCUGCUUCCUACGUCACUGGCCAGGUUAUAGCAGUUGACGGAGGAUUCACCGCCUAUGGCUUCCAACAGCCUGGCUAUUAAUUAAUACUAUUUGUUGUUUGAAAUGGUAUUAGCUCCAAGUUGCAGUUGAAACCAUCAUGAAUAGAAGUCUUGAUCAUUUUGACAUGUUAGCAUUUUUCAUCUUUAGUGUAGCUAAUGUGUUAGACAAGCGAUAUUUUACUGAAGAUUAAGCUUCAGAACACACUUUUAUCUUUUAAUGUCGAUUUUUAUCAUUUUCAUUGUAUCCAUAUUGCUCAUUUCUUUUCGUUAUU